AUGCGACAAGUUCCGAUCAGCAGUGAAUCAGAGAUGAAAGCGAUCGUACCAACCCGAACACUAAAUGCGCGUGCUGAUUCUCUGCUUGUGGUGCUCAGCAUAUUAUAUAAAAUUGGCCGUUGUCUGUCUGCAUCUUCAGUGGAAAAAGCACAGCUCAUGAUGCGUUCGUUGAGUUUCUCUCUCGUCUUCAUGGUUGCACUGGUCAGCUUGUGUGCGUUGGCACAGUGGGAUGACGAUUGGGACAAGCGGCAGUGGGAUGACGAUUGGGAUAAACGAGAGGGAAGCAAAUCGACCGUCAAACCGAAACAAGGUGAUACUGAACAGAAGUCAUCGGAAAGACCGAGGAAGAGCAAUGAUGACGACAGUGAUAAGAGACGUUACGGCGGUGGCUGGAACAGAGGUGGACAUCGAGGUGGACAUCGGGGUGGACAUCGCGGUGGACGUUGGUAAGCAGAGCCAAUCUGGAUAGGAUGCUGGCGUACUAUUUAUACCAGUAUUUGCGCAACAUUAGUGAUGGAGAUCGGAUAAGUCGGGCCGCUUUGUUUUCACUUAACCAUGGUUUUCAAAUACAUUACUUUGUUGCUUU